AUGGCCUCCGCGCAGGUUAUUUCGAAUUCCGGCCACGACGAUAUGAUCCACGAUGCCGUACUCGACUACUAUGGCCGCCGACUUGCGACAUGUUCAAGCGACCGAACGAUCAAGAUAUUUGAGAUUGAGGGGGAAUCUCAGCGACUUCUAGAAACUCUCAAAGGCCACGACGGUGCAGUCUGGUGCGUUUCGUGGGCGCACCCCAAAUACGGCAAUAUUCUGGCAUCAGCCGGUUAUGACGGCAAGGUAUUCAUCUGGAGAGAGCAAAACAACCAGUGGCAGAAGAUUUUCGACUUUGCACUGCACAAGGCUUCUGUAAACAUUGUCUCUUGGUCACCACACGAGUCUGGCUGUUUACUUGCUUGCGCCUCCUCUGAUGGCAACGUCAGCGUCCUUGAGUUUCGCGAUAACAGCUUCGACCACGUCACUUUUCCGGCUCACGGGUUGGGCGUUAAUUCUGUUUCUUGGGCUCCGGCAACGGCACCAGGCAGUAUCGUAAGCAGCUCUCCAGGUCCUGGCUCUGCAGGUGUGAGACGGUUUGUCACGGGUGGUUGUGACAACCUGUUGAAAGUCUGGGUAUUCGAUGCGUCUUCACAAUCAUACAAACAGGAGCAUGAGCCGCUUGCAGGCCACACAGAUUGGGUCCGAGAUGUUGCGUGGUCACCGACUGUCCUGCAGAAGUCUUACAUCGCUUCGGCCUCCCAGGACAAGACUGUUCGUAUAUGGACCUCCGACUCAUCAGGUACGGGGCAGUGGAAUUGCAAGAUUCUCCAUUUUGAUGCACCUAUCUGGCGCGUGAGCUGGUCGCUGAGCGGAAAUGUUCUGGCUGUGAGCGGAGGCGACAACAAAGUUUCGUUGUGGAAAGAGAACCUCAGAGGUGAAUGGGAAUGUGUCAAAAGUAUUGAGGAGUAA